CCCGUUGUUGGUAUCAGAGGGAGGAAUGGUGCCCCAUUGUUAGUAUCAGAGGGAGGAAUGGUGCCCCAUCAUUGGUAUCAGUGAGAAAAAUGGUGCCCCAUUGUUGGUAUCAGUGGGAGGAAUGGUGCCCCGUUGUUGGUAUCAUUGAGAGGAAUGGUGCCCCAUUGUUGGUAUCAGUGGGAGGGAUGGUGCCCCAUUGUUGGUAUCAGUGGGAGGAAUGGUGCCCCAUUGUUGGUAUCAGUGGGAGGAAUAGUGCCCCAUCAUUGGUGUCAGUGGGAGGAAUGGUGUCCCGUUGUUGGUAUCAGAGGGAGGAAUAGUGCCCCAUCAUUGGUGUCAGUGGGAGGAAUGGUGCCCCAUUGUUGGUAUCAGAGGGAGGAAUGUUGCCCCAUUGUUGGUAUAAGAGGGAGAAAUGGUGCCCCAUCAUUGGUAUCAGUGAGAAAAAUGGUGCCCCAUUGUUGGUAUCAGAAAGAGGAAUGGUGCCCCAUUGUUGGUAUCAUUGGGAGGAAUGGUGCCCCAUUGUUGGAAUCAUUGGGGGGAUUCUGCUCAGUC